AAACAGAGAAAGGCGAUGUCAUGUUAUGUCUACGGUUACAAGGUUAUAACUUACAACCGAGACGAAGUGCAGUCAAAAUUAUUUCCCCCGUUUCCAAAUUAUUCUAUUAAUCUUUAACAGUAUUUAGUGUUUUUUAUACGCAACCUUGAAUAUUUGGCGGAUCUGACCAUGGCAUUGUCGAGAAUCGGCACAUUGGACAUGUUAAAUACUUUAGUUCGCGUUUCACGGACAGCAUCUCUGGAAAUACAGUAUGCGACUCCAGUGGCAAUCCAUCGGAAGCAGCAGGCGUUGCACGUGACAAGUGUACGUCAUUAUCCAGAUGCGCCAAUACUCGAUUUGCCGAACAAUGUCUGCGAUAUCUUCGCCAACGAGACCAGUCGCUUCACGCCGGAACGUGUGCGCGAUAUCGCCCUAUAUGCCGAGACGAACGGCGGCGUAAUCAUGUCCGCAGCCAACAGCUCCGGUUUUCCCAAGAUCCGCGAUAACGGCCACAUGGACUCGUACGACUGCUUCGGCGUCGUCAGUCUAAACGGCACGAUGCAGAGCAAUGUGCCAAAGCCCUUUUCAUCGCAUGGCAGAUCUACGCAUCUCAACAUGCCCGGUGGACAAUGGUCCCGCGACGACAAAUACAUUGCCGAGGACAUGCAGCGCUCCCACUAUCGUAGACUGUCGUGUACCGCAACUAAUGCCUUCAUAACGAGUCCGCUUUUACGAACGACACACUGGCCGAGCUAUAUCGCCGGAAUGAGCUACUCGACUGACGACUCCCAGGCGUCGAAGAGCGGCAAAAAGGAUCGAUUGACACCGCUGGCGAUCGCGAGCAUGUCAAAACGGGAUAGAUUUCGCCUGAUGUUGAGGGAUUAUGGUGGCACUCUCCUUGCCUUUCACAUUACUAUCUCGCUGAUAAGUCUUGGUUGUUGUUACAUGGUUGUCAUUAGUGGGAUCGAUGUAAUGCCUUUCAUGCAAAAGUGGACAGGUGGGAACGAGCAGAUCGAUAAAAUACUGAAAACCUCAACAGACUUCGUAAUAGCGUAUACCAUUCAUAAACUACUUGCACCCGUUCGAAUAUCGAUAUCCCUGACUGUGACUCCAAUAAUAGUAAAACGUCUGAGAAGAAUAGGCUUGCUCAAGAUGCCGAAGGUAAAACCAUCUUCGUAAAGGCCCAUAUAAUAAUUAUUUCUUUUUUUAAAAUAUCUUUUGUAUAUUAAAGUAUAUUUACCGCAUUGUAUUUUGACGAGAGAUGACCUGUAUAACGAUAAAACACUGUAAAGAUUGCUAUGGAAAAGAAAUUUAUGAUAAUAAUUAAUAAUUACUAAUAUUGGAUGACAUAUACAUAAUUUUUCAAUAAUGACAUUUGUGUCAUAUAUGUAUAAUAUCGAUUCGUAUAUUUUGUAUAAAUUUAAAUGCCUAAAUUUAAUAAUAUAGGAUCUUGUUGCUGGAUUAGAUCGAGAUAAGCAAAACUCUGUUAUCUUCCUCUGUAUAAUUUGUAAAGCUUCAAUUUUUUAAUAUAAUUAUAGAUGGUGUAGGCACAUAUUUAUAAUCGAAUGUUUCCACAUAAUCUGUUGUAAAAAAAUUAUCUGUAAAUAAACUGUUAAGGCAAAGCA